AUCGAAAACACUAAACGUUUCUAGAGCCGAAUCCGUCUGAAGUGAAGAACAGAUGAACGUUCCAAAUUUAAAAAUAGAAACACGAACGAAACAGUAGUCCGCGCGCUUUUACACCGGCUUUCUACAUCUUACUCUAACCUAAAAUUAAAAACUAUAAUAACCAUUCAUUACAUGUGCAUCACAGGGAAUUAGCAGAAAUGUCUCAAGACGAGGGCUUCUUCAAAAAGUUCCACGAAACUAUAAACAAUUCGUUGGAUGACGUGACGAGGAACAAUUUCGCCAAUUUAGAAACGAACACGAAGCGAGUCUCCUACUUGUGCAGUCUACCGACCGUCAGGAAUUACAAUUUAAUCGACGAUUUGCAGAAAUGUCAGACAGGCGGCGAGUUUCCAGUGAAAAAAGACUUGGAAAAAGCUAGACAGCUGAAGGAUGAGGGAAAUAAAGCCGUGCAGAAAGGUGACUGGGCGAAGGCGAUGCAAUUGUACAGCCAAAGCAUGGUUCACAUGCCCGAGAAAGAAACUGAAGAACUGUCAAUCGUGUUAGCGAACCGCUCAGCAGCUCUGAAUCACCUGGAGCAAUAUGAAGACGCCCUGGCGGAUAUCAAGAAGUGUCUCAAUCUAGGCUACCCUCGUCACCUUCGCUACAAGGUUUAUGAGAGGAAGGCCAGGUGUCUCCUCGUGCUGAAGAGGAAUAAGGAAGCUAUUAGCGCUUUCCAAGAUACAAUCAGCUCGCUCGAUGAAGCGACAAAAUUGGAGAAGGAGAAACGGCAGAAGAUGCGCACGGACUCCAAACUUAUGUUGGAAAUACUGAACAAAGGGCUCGUUUUAGCCGGGAACCCGAAAGACCCGGAACCUUUAAAAAAGACUCCACCAAAGCCCAAGCUUCCUGGUAAACACAAUUCUCAGUAUCCUGCGGCUUCCGAAGCAAUCCAGAUUGACUCUGAUGAAGUUCGAGGCCGAUUUGCUACAGCUACUAAAGAUAUAGAAGCUGGAGAGAUCUUGCUUUUAGAAAAACCUCAUAGUGGAGUGCUUUUGGCAGAAUACUCCAGUACUCACUGCCAACACUGUUUUAUGAAGUGUCCAAUUCCCCUACCAUGUCCAAAAUGUCCCAACGUCAUAUUCUGCAGCGACAAAUGCUUAGAAGCAGCACAAAAGUCAUACCACGGAUAUGAAUGCCACAUUCUUCCGCUUAUUUGGAAAUCAGGAUGUUCCAUCACUUGUCACAUAGCCUUGAGAAUGAUCACUCAACACAACAAGGAGUACUUCACAAAGGUUAGCCAAGCAUUGGAUACCAAACCGCCUGCUCCAUACAAAACUGACGACUACAGAAAUAUCUAUCAUUUAGUAUCGCACGAGGACAAAAGAUCCAAGCUAGACUUUCUACACAGGACACAGAUGACGGCUUUCUUCGUAAAACUACUUGAAGUUAGCGGCUAUUUCGAAGGGAAACCAAGGAAUAAGCCGGUCAAUCUGGAUGAGCUUAAGACAAUGGGUGUAGAUGAAAAAUAUAAGGAUGACGUAGCCCUGAUUGGUGGUCUUAUUCUGAAGAAUCUGCAGAUAUUGAAGUUCAACGCCCACGAAGUGUUUGAGUUGCAGUGUCCUAAGCCUAAAGUAGGUAAGAAUGUGAUCAAGCACGAAGGGAAGUCGGUGUUCUUGGCGGGAGCUGUGUUCCCAACUCUUGCGCUUUUCAAUCACUCUUGUGAUCCCGGUGUUGUGAGAUACUUCUGCGGCAAUAAUGUUGUCGUUCGUGCAGUCAAAAAUAUUAAAAAGGGUGAAGAAGUCUCCGAAAACUAUGGUCCUAUCUUCACGACUGUACCGAAAGAAAAAAGGCAGGCAGAACUGAAGGAGCAAUAUUGGUUCGACUGCAAUUGCACACCAUGUGAACACAAAUGGCCCAUGUACGAAGAAAUGACUGAAAACUACAUGAGAUUCAAAUGUGACUCGGACCGUCCCUGCCCUAAUGUGGUAGCGGUUCCCUACGACAGCCAAGAAUUCAUGGUGCAGUGCGGACUUUGCCAGCAGUAUACCAACAUACUGAAGGGACUGAAGUCGCUACAAGACACAGAAAUGAUGUACCGUCUUGGGCGUGCAGCAAUGGAGAAUGGCCAGUAUGGAGAAGCAAUAAAGAAGUUUGUAGCGGUUCUGAAACUUUAUGAUGAAACUCUGUCCCCGCCCUAUCGUUCAUAUUAUGAUUGCGUUCAAGACUUAAGGCGCAGUAUGUUAGCACUAGGCAAUUAUAGUAUUGUGUAGAUAUUAUAUGUAUAAAUUCCGAAAUUGUAUUGAAUCCUAUGAUAAAAAAAUCUAAAAAUGUGUGUAGCUUUGUUUUCAUUUUAUAAUUUCUGUGUUUCAGUUUAAUAUUUAUUCACUUCAUAUUGACGUUUUUAUUGUUGUAACAUGUUAUUAUAAUUUAUUUUUUUCAGCAAAUAGAAUGACUUCUUAGUGAAUCUGUCUGGUUAGAUAACUAGAAAUAUAUUCAUAUUGUGUUUG